AUGGCUGACGCCCAUUCCACCGUUCCCAUCACCGCGUCCCAGGCAAGUCCAGUCCUCUCGUCGCACGCGAGUGACCAGAGCACUAGCCCGCAGGCCCAGCCAGGCGAUCUCCAACUGUCCCCAGGCGGAGGAGUCACGAACACAGACGCCGACCUACAGGCCAUGCUGCCCUCGUCCGUCCCAAGUGGAUCGGACUCGCACACCGAGAGCGAUGCUCCCCCUGCUGCAGAUCACUCUUUUACUCCAGACUCAGUAGGACCGGCUCCUUCCUCAUCUGACCAGCCCGAGUCCUCCACUGCGGCUCAUCUGCCAGCACAACCAGCACCAGCAUCGGAGCCAACCGCACCAUCCCCGGACGUGCAGCACAAGGACGACGCUCGGAAACAAAAACCUGCAAAUUUAACGAUCAAUGCCCCUUCGGGAAAGCGUCGCAGAGAGCGGGAAGCCAAGGAAGUGUCUGAUGCCGCGGCUACCGUGUCCACCACAACAGAAACCCCGCUGACUUCCCACUCUGCCCGAAACAAACGCCCACGGACGUCCCUGCUCGCCAAGUUGUUCCAUAUAUGCAUGCCCUGCGUUCGCCCCUCGGCGCGCGACCAUGACAUCGACCUCGACGAGGGCGCUACCCACUCACCCGCCGCGGACAAGCAGCCGCCUAAAGAGCCGGAGAAGGAACAGUCGACUCGUGAAUCGUCCGUGUCCAGCGCUGUGAUGCCUCCCUUGACGCCGGCUCCCGUUCUCAUGCCUGCUGGCCCCCUCCCCGACAGUGACGCUGACGUGAUGAUCCCGCCGACUCCGACGCAGCUUCUGCCCCAGGCGGAGACCCAGGGCGUCACCGCAGGCGCUGUGCAAGCACCCGGGUCCACUGGGCACGACAUUACCAUUGAGCAUACUCGCAGCCAACAGACUGAGUCUGGCGACGAGUCUGAUGGUUCUUUCACGGAAGAGGACAUUCUCAGGGAUUUAAUUCACAUAGGUGCCGACGCAGAGGAGCAAAUGCUCAUUCGCAGAGGCGGAAAUGGAAUUCCGACUGAUUCUGACGGGAAGCCACAGCCUCUACUCCCGCCAAUUGCUCCGGAAUACGUCGGCAAAAAAUGUCUGGUGCUUGAUUUGGACGAAACUCUGGUCCAUAGCAGUCUGAGGCCUGUGCCAUCUCCAGAUUACAUCGUCCCAGUCGAAAUCGAGUCGUUCUGGCAUAAUUUCUAUGUCCUCAAGCGACCCGGAGUUGAUGGGUUCCUGAAGAGGAUGGGUGAGAUUUAUGAAGUGGUCGUGUUUACCGCAAGCCUCAGCAAGUAUGCCGAUCCGGUCCUCGACAGACUUGAUCCAGAUCAUACGGUCGCACACCGUCUGUUCCGGGAGAGCUGCUACAAUCAUCGCGGAAACUACGUCAAAGAUCUGUCACAAUUAGGCCGACCGGUUUCCGAGACGAUCAUCAUCGACAACUCGCCCGCGUCGUACAUCUUCCAUCCCAACAAUGCCGUGCCAAUAUCAUCGUGGUUCAACGAUCCGCACGACACGGAGCUUGGCGACCUCUGCCCCUUCCUCGCGGAUCUGGGUGGCGCGCCAGGUGACGCCAGCGCUGGCCGUCAGGCCGACUGCUCGUUCCAGCCCGCCGCCGGGCGCGCGCACCGCGCGACUCUGCCCGAACGGCGCACGCUGCAUCCGCUGCGCUCAGCCUGGACGCCGAGCCGUUCCAGUCUAUCGUUCCUUUUCACUUCAUCAAUCAGCAUUUUGUAUACCCCGCAAUCAAGUAACCGUUCACUGUCCGCCGGCGCGGACACGCACACUCACCCGUUCGUUCGUUUGUUUGCUCGCAGCAGUGCUCACUCUCGCUUGAUCUACCACCGUUCCUUGCCAAUGUAUCUCUCAUAUCUAUUUUGUGAUACCCCUUCUUUGGAUCCAUGGCCGGGCUUCAUGCUUGUCGCGAUGUCGGGUUUUCCAUGUGACGCACCGAUACGAAAUACAUGA